AUGGGGGACUAUGACGACGACACAGCCUUCUUGGGCCAGAGAGGCCGCUUCUUCAUCCUCACCUUCCUCCUCCUCAACGGCCUCUGCGUCUCCACGGGCUGGUCGGGGCUCUACUUCGUCUUUGUGGGGGCCACGCCGCCCCACCACUGCAGCGUUCCCGAUGACGUGAACCUGACCGAGGCAUGGAAGGUAGCCAUCAUCCCCAUAGAGGUGGUGGACGGGCAGGAGGAGAGGAGCAUGUGCCACAGGUACAGGCUGGACGUGGUGCGGAACUACUCGGACCAGGGGCUGGAGCCGGGGUAUGUUCUCAACGUCACGAGCAUCGAGCAGGAGAGCUGUGUGGACGGAUGGACCUACAGCAAGGACAUCUUCCAGUCCACCAUUGUUACUGAGUGGGAUAUGGUUUGUGAUAACCAAUGGAAAACCCCCAUGGCCUCCUCCAUGUUGUUCAUUGGCUUUAUGAUCGGAUCCCUUAUCUCUGGUACAAUAUCAGACAGGUUUGGGAGGAAGAAGGUGGUGUUUGGGGCGAUGGCGCUGCAGGUUAUUAGUAUCCUGGCUCAGUCCUUCUCCCCGUCCUGGCUGGUCUUCUGCCUCAUCUACCUGGUGGUGGGCGGCUCACAAGUCUCGCUUUUCAUCACCACGUUUGUCUUGGGCACGGAGUUGUUGAGUAAGUCGUUGCGCGUGUUCUACACCACUCUGGGAGUCUUCCUCCACUACUGCAUUGGCUACAUGAUGCUGCCCGGCUUCGCCUACGCCAUGAGGGACUGGAGGCCUCUACUGCAGAUCAUCUCUGGCAUCAUGGUCAUCUACAUACCCUUCUGGUGGUUUAUCCCUGAGUCUCCGCGGUGGCUGCUGUCCCGGGGGAGGGUGGAGGAGGCUGAGGAGAUUGUGCGCUUCAUUGCACGGAAAAACAAUGUCCCUGCCCCAAACGUCAUUUUCAAAGAGGAAAAGGUUGAACAAGAUCCAACUGCUGACGUGAAGACUUAUACUUUGUGGGACCUCUUGAGCAAUGGCAAAGUGAGGUCCAUUUCCUUUAUGUGCCUGAUGUUGUGGCUGGCCACGAACAUGGGCUACUAUGGGCUGUCUCUGAACACAUCCAACCUGAGUGGCGAUCCGUACCUCAACUGCUUCCUGUCGGCUCUUGCAGAGGUGCCUGGCUACAUCGUCUCCACUGUCCUCCUGAAGAAAUGUCCCAGGAGACCUCUCCUCAUGACCUACCUCGUCAUGGGGGGAGGCUUCCUCCUACUGAUCCCACUCAUUCCCGAGAACCUGCGCUGGCUGGCCAUCGCUCUGGAGAUGAUUGGCAAGUUUGGCUUCACCAUGGCCUUCACUGUGGUGUAUGCCUACACUGCCGAGAUGUACCCCACCGUGCUGAGGAACGUGGGCAUGGGCCUGUGCUCCUCGGCGGCACGCGUCGGCAGCAUCACCGCACCGUACAUCAUUAACCUGGGCAUCAUUAACCCCUUCCUGCCCUACAUCCUGAUUGGGAGUUUGACGCUGGGCUCUUCGCUGGUCAACAUCUUCCUACCUGAGACGUUUGGCAGAGAGCUGCCCGAGACCGUGGAACAGAUGCAGAGAUGCAGGGGGCCCUGCUGCACACAUGCGGAGAUGACAGAAGAAGGCCUGGAAGCCGGAGAGCUACACAAGUCGACGGUUCUGAACGAGGCUAAAUUCUAA